GACUUUCACAGUGAAGGUCUAAAUCUGGUCCACACUCCAGUCCAGUUGGUGGCGGUAAUGCACCUUAAAGUUGGUUGCCAACCGCCAUAUAAAAUCCACAGAAGAAGAAGAACAUGCGCUAACGCAGGUUUGAUUUUCGUGAAUAUACAGUACGGCCAGUGAGGACAUGGAACCUUGAAAGUAUGGCGGAUGCUGAGGAGCCGUAAGUACAAAAAAUUAUAUUUAUUGUAGCUAGCUGACAGAAUCGACAUUAUGCUGCUGUAAAACAAGCAUUGAACCUUCUUUUAUUCUCUCCUCUUUAGGGAGAAGAAAAGAAGGAAAAUAGAGGAGCUGACUGAGAAGUUAGUGACGAAAUGCUUGAAACUGGCAGCAGGUUUGAGUUGCACAGUUAGUUAGUGAGCUAGCUAACUAGCCUGUUAGCAUGGAGUGUUGAAAUUCAUUCGUUCAACAAUUUCACACAGCUAGCUAUGGAAAUUGGCCCAAUUCGAGUAGAUAACGAGCUAAUUCUAACAACCGGGCAAAGGAACAGGCCUAGUCGAAGUGUGCCCAAUGCAAUAUCAAAGAGAACCAGUUAACCGUAGCUAAUAUGGUAUCUAGCUAACGUUAGUUAGCGAACGUUAAUAUAAUAGGGAGCUAACGUUAGCUAGCUAGUUAGCAGUAACAGCAGCAUCUGGUGUCUGACUUUUCACAUAUAGAAUGAUUGAUUAACGUUAGCUAUACUAGGGAAAUCAUCCUGAUGUUAAUUUACAUGCUACAGACCUAUAUUUAUCUACCUAGCUAGCCAUCUAGUUUUGACUCAUCAUCACACUUGUCAUAAAGGUUUGUGUGAUUGCUGGUUGAUAUGUGCAGCAGAGCACCUUCUGUUCUGUGUUUUCUGUGUGCAGAAUGGCUGUAGAUGGGGGACACAGGGACAGUGGAGAUUGGGAUGGCCGAUGGAACCAUGUGAAGAAGUUUCUGGAGAGACCCGGCCCAUUCACUCAUCCUGACUUUGAGCCAAGCAUUGAGGUAAGGAAUUAGAUAAUAACAUUUUUUUUUAUUUAGGGGAUAGAGAAAAGCAUUCACCACACCAACUCUGAUGUUCCUUUCAGUCCCUUGGGUUCUUAUUGGAGACAUGCAAAAUCCUGGUCAUUGGAGCUGGAGGACUUGGGUGUGAGCUGCUCAAAAAUCUGGUAUGAGAGAUAAUGUCCAGCUUCCAGGUGCACAUUUUGUUGUUAUCUUGUUCUAUUUCUACUCAGUAUCUUAAUAUGUGGUUUUGCCUUGUUCUGAUCUAGGCCCUGUCAGGUUUUCGUCACAUUCAUGUUGUUGACAUGGAUACCAUCGAUAUCUCCAACCUCAACAGGCAGUUCCUUUUCAGGUUUGGCUCGCCUUCCCCACCUCCCAUGGCCAUUACUCUAUUAAUAACAACCUUAGUGUGUUCACGGUUGAAAGAAGCAACAUACUGAAAGUGUCUUAAGUUUACUUUUCAACACACACCUCAAUCAAUCAAAUGUAUUUAUAAAGCCUUUUUUACAUCAGCAGAUGUCACAAAGUGCUAACCUGUAUACCCUGUUUAGGCCCAAAGAUGUUGGACAUCCAAAAGCAGAUGUGGCUGCUGACUUUGUCAAUAAUCGAAUCCCUGGAUGCAAAGUCGUCCCGUAUCCUUUGCAACUGACGUGCAGAAUAGUGGAGUGUAGGCUUACCCCAUACAAAUUACUGCAUUACUAAGCUUGAGCAUGUGAAGUACUAUAAGUACUAUAUUUUCUAUUAUUUUUCUUAAUUAAUAUUCUGCUUAGACACUUCAACAAAAUCCAGGACUUUGAUGAAUCUUUCUACAGACGUAAGUGCAAACUUUGUUUACAUUAUAGGGUAGGGGAGGGAAUGGCCGGCAGGGAUGUAGCUCAGUUGAUAGAGCAUGGCGUUUGCAACGCCAGGGUUGUGGGUUCGAUUCCCACGGGGGGCCAGUAUAAAAAAUAUAUAUUCACUAACUGUAAGUCGCUCUGGAUAAGAGCGUCUGCUAAAUGACUAAAAUGUAAAUGUAAUUAUGGUGUUUUCAAAAAACAUUUGUACCUAAUAACAAUGGCUCUGACACUUUUUUUUUCUCUCUUAUAUUUGUAGAAUUCCACAUUAUUGUUUGUGGAUUAGAUUCUAUCAUCGCCAGGCGUUGGAUGAAUGGCAUGCUGGUAUGUAUGUCUGAAUAUGAACUAUAGGCUAUGUGGAUUGUGUGUGUAUGUAAAACGUGAGAUCCCCCAAUCAUUUACAGAUAUCCCUUCUGAGCUAUGAGGAUGGUGUUCUGGACCCCAGUUCCAUCAUCCCCCUCAUUGACGGUGGGACGGAGGGUUUCAAAGGCAAUGCUCGGGUCAUUCUGCCUGGCAUGACUGCAUGCAUCGACUGCACCCUGGAGCUCUACCCACCACAGGUGCUCCAAGCUCUCUCAGACCUGCCAAAUAUAACUGCUAUUUUCAGUGUACUACUUCAGUAGCCCACUACUUCUUUGUUAAGUUGGACAGUGAUUUGUGUACUGCAGCCAUUUUUGUGUUAUUUAUCAGUGACAGCUUUGGUGUAUGUGUUCAAUUGUAUGUGUGUUGUAUAGCCUAAUGUGUUGUAUUAUUUUGGUCCAUAGAUUAAUUUCCCCAUGUGCACCAUUGCGUCUAUGCCGCGGUUGCCAGAGCAUUGCGUUGAGUAUGUCAGAAUGCUACAGUGGCCCAAAGACAAGCCUUUUGGAGGUAUGUCCAUGAAUAACACUUCUCAUUGUCACAUAUCACAACUUGAUUGCAAUCAAAAAGGGCAGCAAGUUAUUAUGCUGUAUUACUCACUGUAUCCUUAGGUGGCCAUAAUCCCUUCAUAACACCAUCAUAAAGAUCAACAUAAUAUAUAUAAUGGCAGAUAAUGACACAUGCUCAUGGCUGUCCCUCAGAUGGUGUUGGUUUGGAUGGGGAUAACCCUGAGCACAUCCAGUGGGUGUUCCAGAGGGCCCAGGAGAGAGCUGCUGACUACAGCAUCACAGGAGUCACAUACAGACUCACACAAGGUGAGGAGCACCAUACUGUAACACCCUGUCCUGCAUAGAUGGUAAAACUCUCAUGCUAUAUCAGCUUUUAGCUAUACAUACUGUAUAGUACAAGCAACAUUUGGGGUAAGUUCCUUUUUCAAUGAAGAUGGAAAAAAAAAAAAUAUAUAUAUAUAGGCCUAUUACAAUUCUAAGUUGAAAUUGUAUUAACCCCAACUCCCCCACUUACAAGUAUUGGUUGCAAAAAUCUGCGAACAGUGUGGAGUUAGAUUUAUUUUCACAUGGUUUUUGCCUCAGGCGUCGUGAAGAGGAUCAUCCCUGCUGUGGCGUCAACAAAUGCUGUAAUAGCUGGUAGGAAACCCUUAUGGACUGUCAAUUGUUGUUUUUUGUUAGGGGGUCAUUGUGUUUUAUCUUGAUGGAUCCCGACUUGAUUACAAGUAGCUACUUCAGUACAUUUCAAUUAGUGUAACUUAUUUCACUUUUUUUGUAGCUGCCUGCUCCACUGAAGUUUUUAAAAUAGCUUCAAGGUCAGUACUAUGAAUGAAUCAUCCCAUCACUGUAGAGAAAAGUUCUGUUUCAUACUAGAUAUCAAAUUCAUAUGACUUUUCUCUGACUUUGCAGCGCUUAUAUUCCACUGAAUAAUUAUCUGGUAUUUAAUGAUGUGGACGGACUGUACACCUACACCUUUGAGGCAGAGCGAAAGGUUAGUAAUGUCUCGGUAGUACCCAGAGUAUCCUAAAUGGAUAUAUAUUUGCCCAUUUUAUUAAGGAGAACUGUACCAAUGUUACUGACAGUGCUAUUGACACAAGGCUGGAAAGGGAUGGUGUGGUGUCAGGCCUUCAUGCUCUUGUUUGGUCUGACAGGAGAACUGCUCAGCUUGUAGCCAGGUGCCCCAGGAUCUACAGUUUCCACCCUCUGCCAAGCUACAGGAGGUCUUGGAGUACCUGACAGAGAAUGCCUCCCUGUGAGUACAUCUGCUAGUAACCAGAUUGACUGAUAUUGAUGUCUGUCAUGUUUUUUUAUGGUUACUGAAAAGUGUAAAUGUGAAGUUAUCAUUGUUAACUUUAAAACAUUAUUGUUUUCCAGACAAAUGAAGUCCCCAGCCAUCACAGCAACCCUGGAAGGGAAAAAUAAGACACUAUAUUUACAAACUGUAGCUUCAAUUGAAGAAAGAACUAGACCAAACCUUUGCAAAACCUUGAAAGGUAAGAUGUUUUUUUUUUCUUCAAAUAUGUGCAUGGUAUGUGUAUGGUAGACUAUAAAGCUAUGUGUUUGUUUCGGCCAUCUUGUAAAUGUAAUGUGUUGUUGCAGAACUGGGAUUGUCUGAUGGACAGGAACUAGCAGUGGCAGAUAUCACCACCCCUCAGACUGUCCUCUUCAAGCUGAAACUCACCUCUUAAACCCAUCAAAGUACACAUACAGAAUCCAUUAAGACUUCUGACAACCUUUGGGGAAAAAAUGGCAAUUGAUACAGCUUGGUAUUGUUUUAAUAUAUUUGAGACUGAUAAUGUAUAUAAGAUCCAUUUUCUCGUAUUGGCCCAUUAUGGGGGGUAGUGUGGAAGGUCAACAGCUUUAUAUCACUACAGUGUAAUCAGUCUGUGAACAUUUUCCUUUAACAAUGUUGUUUUACUUCUCAAUGUUUGCUCCAAAUGGCUGUCUUCUUUCCCCCACUUAAAUAGCAGUAGUUUCUCCUUAUAUACGUAAUAAUGACAACUGUGCUGCAAUAAAGUGUUUU